CGGGCUGCGCACGAAAAGAAAAGUUCAACAUGCAUCUCUGAGGCAGGAUAAAGCAGGGAAUUUAAAAAAAACGACAACAACAGCAAGCGCGAUUUAUUUGGUGUCUGGAGAUGUUGGCGCCGGCAGGGAAGCGCUGCUUCACCAUCGAGUCUCUGGUGGCCAAGGAGAACCCGCUGGCCGACGAGCCCCUCCGCCCCACCGCGCUCAGUUACGCCGGCCCGGCGGCCGCCGACGCCCUCAUGGGCGGCUACCCGGCGGCCGCCGCCGCCGCCGUGGCCCGCUCGCUCUACCCGAACCAGGCCGAGCUGGUGUUCCACGAGUCGGUGAGCCACCCGCCGCUGGCCGUGGGCCCCCAUGCCCACGCCCACCACCCACACCACCACCACCACCACCACCAAAACCAACAUCAGAACCAGCACCUGCAGCACCACGCGCACUUCUUCGGCUCCGCGCAACACCGAGACCCGCUCAACUUUUACCCCUGGGUGCUCCGGAACCGCUUCUUUGGACACCGGUUUCAAGGUCACGACGCGUCCCAGGACGGCCUACUCCUCCACGGCCCUUUCGCCCGGAAGCCCAAGCGGAUCCGAACCGCCUUCUCGCCGUCGCAGUUGCUGCGCCUGGAGCGGGCCUUUGAGAAGAACCAUUACGUGGUAGGCGCCGAACGGAAGCAACUGGCCGGCAGCCUCAGCCUGUCCGAGACCCAGGUGAAGGUGUGGUUCCAGAACCGGCGGACCAAGUACAAGCGGCAGAAGCUGGAGGAAGACGGACCGGACGCCCAGCAGCAGAAGAAGAAGGGCAACCACCACAUCAACAGGUGGCGCGUGGCCACCAAGCAGACCAGCUCCGAGGACAUCGACGUCACCUCGGAGGACUAAAAGACGGAAACAAAAAAUUUUAAAACAAUGCUGCCUCACGAGGACCAACAACACUAUUUAUUAUGUGAUGUGAUGAAGUAUACGUAGACGUACCGGGGAGCAAACAAGACUGUGCGUGGACUGGGACGACCUGGACGCCCCCCCAGUCCCCCCCACAUGCAUUGUGUUCUCAUGCUGUUCGUUC